ACCGGCUCCGCGUCCACCCCGACUCCCACGCCGUCAACAGCGCACCGCCUAGCGUGGGUAAAUCGUACCAGUGCGUCCGGAGAUGCACAUUGGUGUUAUGACUCUCAGGAUUCGGAAUGUGGUCCACGCACGUGGUAUAAAAACAGCCCCACGUGCAGUGGUACAAGCCAGUCUCCCAUCGACAUCCAUACGGGUAGUGUGAAACGCAACGCGACGCUGCAGAAGCUCAAAUUCAUUGGCUACGACUCGACACCUGCUGGCGUCACAUGGUCCAUACAAAACAAUGGACACACCGUGCAGGUUGACUUGCAAGGGGAAAUCGCCGUGAGUGGCGGUGGACUGCCAGGUACCUUCAACGCUGUCCAGAUGCACUUUCACUGGGGGAACCCACACGGGCCUGGAUCCGAGCACACCAUCAAUGGCAAGCAAUUCCCCGUUGAACUUCAUAUUGUGCACUAUAACACCAAGUACUUGACCUUUGAUGGAGCAAAGAAUGAAAAGGAUGGAUUGGCCGUUCUUGGCUUCUUAUAUGCAGUCGGACCAACAAACAACAAUUAUAACACCAUCAUCAAUGCUCUACCCAGUGUGGCAAACCAAGGCCAGAAGCUAAAUUUUUCGUCCACGUUUAAUUUGGACAAUUUGCUUCCGUCGUACGUGAACAUGAGUAAGUAUUACCGGUAUUCUGGAUCGCUCACCACUCCUGGCUGCGGGGAAGUGGUUACUUGGACAGUAUUCGAAGAGCCCAUUAUCAUGGAUGAAAAUCAGAUUAAGAAGUUCUCCUCUGUGUUUUUCUCCACGAAAGAAGACCCACAGCAGAUACUCAUGGUGAAUAAUUUUCGCCCGGUGCAAAAACUCAACUCGAGGAUCGUGUACGCAUCUGAGACGGCCACCGUUGGCUCUGCUGUGCCUCUCGUUGUCAACAAGUUCACCCACGCCGCUGGCCUUUUCCUUCUUGCUAUUGUUUUGUAUUGAGACCGACCAACGUUUAAUGUUCGACGACCACUCUUUACACUACUGAGCAGUUUCUAAAUAUUUAAUUGGCACACCCACACUUCAUUAAGUUUUACGUCCGAUUCAUUUUACCUUGAAAAUACUUGAUCUUAGUGGAAUUAUUACUUUAAUACGCCACACAUCACUUCCAUAUGCAAAUACGCUACAAAUGCCACGUCACUAAAAGGGGCGAUUCGAUUGGUGAUGUCGAAAACAAUUUCACCAGCCUAAUAUCGGGAUGCUUGGAAAAGUCCACGGUAUUAUCAUAUUUUAUACUGCAUGCCUUAUAUUGAUAUUUGGGGUAAAUAUGUUAGCAAAUAGACGGGUGUGUUUUUUUUCAUUGGAACAAACUUUUGUUGAGAACCGUCUGAAAUAUCUUUCCUGUUAUAACACAACAAUUAAAUAUAAUUAUAGGUAUACUUAUUUUCACACGUGUGUAAUUUAUUUAAUGUAAUGUAGUACUUGUAUCGUGAGGACUGUUUGAUUUUUAGCAAAUGGUGGGACAAUCUAGAGAAGGUGAUGAUAGUUGUAUUGAUCGCUGGAGACUGACAAUUGAAAUGAGGGGGGGGGAACAUUUUUGUAAUCCUUUGCUGUGAACCAAAUUUUACUAUUUUUCGGUGCUGAUUAAAAUUAACACACCAGAUUGUGUUUAUUGGAAACAAUCUGCUUUUAUUUUUAACCAGUCUUUAAAUUUAUUAUUAAUAAACGUGCUGUUUAAAUCAUGAAAAAUCGUAUUUAUGUUUUAAAGCGGUGACGAAUAAAGUACAAAUAAAAAUUAUGGGAGAAAAAAACCACAAUUUAAAACACAGCAGUUUAGUAAAUUUUUAUUUAAAGCUUUCGUGACUGCAGGAAUUCAUAUUCUUGGUUAUUUCGGUAAAGUCACGUAGAAGGGGAACAAUAAAAUAAUAAUAAUAUAAAACAUUAAAAUAACAAAACAAUAAUAUUGAUUUAUAUUUGUAUUAUUUUAUUUUUUCCCUUCUACGUGACUUUACCGAAAGAACCAAGAAUAUAGCAGUUUAGUAGUCUAACAACUUGUGAUAAUAAAGGGAAUGCUUUCUCAUUGAUCUGUGGAAUUGUUUGGGAUUUGUUGAAUAUGAAUGAACACAAAUGCACGGUUGGAAAGGUGGAUCAGGCUCCAUCAGAAGAAGCGGCGUGAUUUGUCUUUACUGAAGUUGGGCUUGCAGCUGUCAUCUAUCGGUCAGAGACAAUCGAGGCGACUUGUCACUUUGGUUAAAAUUCAAUGCUUUUGAGCCCAAAUAAAAUUUCGGGAUGAAUAGAGAAGGACACAUAUACAGCAAAUGUGUGUCGUCCUUUUAAUUUCCUGCACAUUUUUGGUGCUGUAUGUGCUUUAGAGUGAAAUUCAAUCACAUUGCUGAUGAAAUCAUUUUAGACGAGUAACGUGUGUUUAGUUUAUUUUUAAGGGUUUAAAACAAGUCUUACACAAUGUUUAGUUUUGCGUCGCUUCAGUUUUGCCUUACAACAUAAUUACCACAUCUACAGGGGCAAUUAGUUGUAUUUAAACAUUUUUUUUUAUAUUUAUAAAACGUUUCACAAACCGCUGAGGCUUAUUUGUAACCUAUUAGGCGAUGGUGGCUGUGUGCGCCUGUAAUCCAGCACUGUGGAGGCAGCGACGGGGGGGUUGGCAAAUUACACAAACAUUGCGAAACUCCUUUACUAUGGGCAUCAGCAUCAAGGUGCCAUAACCUGGCUCGCCAUGAGAAGGCAAUAGAGAAAACGAACUAAUGUCCAUCCGUUUCCAUCUGUACAGAGAUGGUGUUGAUCCCUCGCAUGCAUGUUUUUUUUUAAAUUCCGGAUGGUGCAGUCUCUUCCCACGUAUACAACACUCAUACAUUGGCUCAAAACGUAUUUAAAUAGAAACCUAAUGCAAGAACCUCAGGAAAAAAAGACUCAUAAGCCUCGGUGCGGCUUUCCUGGAUAAAUAAGUAAUGAUGUUUCAUUUAAAAAUGACAUAAGUGCAUUUGUAUCAUCUGCUAUAGUAAGAAAGGGCUUCAUGAGCUAAAUGUUGCUGACAACUCGUCACUGAAUUCAAACUGGCCCAAGGACUGCUUUUUGUAAAUCAACUUUACUGGGAAAGUGUAUUUAGAUGGCCCUUAAACUGAUGGAUAAUGCCCCAUGAGUGAAUUGGCAAGCCCCUUACGCAGUUAUUUUUCUGCAUUUUUUUACGGUGAAAUUAUACAUUGGUUUUACUCAACCUUAGGGCAGAUAUUGUUGAUCUACAUUAAAAUAAUUGAAAAACUAGAAAGUCUUGAUUUGUAUUCGUAUCGAAUGGCCUGAAACCUCAAUGCGGUAAUGGUGGUUUAGACAAAGACAUUGUUUUAGCAAUUUGAGAUAUGAGCGAAUGUAAUGAAAGUGGUAAAAAAUAUAGUGGCUUAUAUGCUUGCUUUACAUUGGGGUUUAGUUUGACUUUAAAUAUCCAAUUACAUUGAUAAUAUUUCCUAGCAUUACACUUUAUUUAAAAAAGUUCGUGCAAUUGAUGUUGGUCGUUACCAGUGUGCAUUUCACUGUGUUCUGCAUUCUCAAAUAAGUACAUUGUUUGAGGAGGAUGUGGCUAGGUGACUCAGAGGGCAGAGGCCCGAGCCAGCACCACUGAGAUCCUGGCUUCCAACCCAGGCACUCACCUGUGAAUAAAGUAGGCACUCAAGUGGAGUGAGUUGAUUGUCUCGGCCCAGUCAUCAACGACUGCAAUAUAUAUAGACUGUAUCCGUCACAUUAAUAUCACACACAAAAAAAAUACUUGGCUAAAUUCCAGCUGUGAGAUUAAAAUAUUGGAUGAAUGUUACGCAACACAUUUCAGUAGCUAAUGAAACGCCCUUCCUUUUCAUACACUUUUCACGAAUAAGAACAGCGAAUUCCCACCCUAUUACCCGUGAGUAAUUCAUGGGUAUUGACCAGAUAUUGUUCCCAGUAUGCGCUCCGUGACAAUUGAUAAUGGCCGAUGAUGACUCCUAUUUCCAAAGUGAUCAAACUCCGUGUAAGGUUUUAAACUUAAUAUGUAUGAAACAAAAUAAACAAAUGCAUUUUACUUGAGAAA